GCUUUCUAGCGAUUAGCGCUCUUUAUUCGCGGUGAUCUGAACAUGUAAAUUCCGCGGGGGAUUGAUACUCUAAACCGAGCGUCCGUGGCAUAUCCUGCCCUUUCCGGAGGGGUAGAAUUUCGAGUUCUGACCGCCGACAUUCGAUGUCCGAGAGCGGCGAUAUCCUGUGGAAUUCCUAGACAGCGAUCAGAGCGCGGAAUUCGCCAACUUGACGAUCAGACGGCUCUGACGGGCCCCGAUAUCCUGCUGAACUCGUUCCGAUACCGAAAUGACGAACUCCGAAAACAUCGUCGGGGAAAAGUGGGACCGCUGCAUUACGGACACCGGCAUCAAAACAGUGUCGGGCCUCGGUCUGGGUAUCGUAGCCUCUCUCCUCCUGUUCAAGAGAAAAUCUUGGCCCAUGAUAUUCGGAACUGGGGCUGGUUUUGGCAUGGGCUACAACAAUUGUCAACAUGACUUCAAGUCGCCAGUGGUCAUGCGCGCUUUCCAGAUCAGAGAAAAGCAGAAGUGAUGCAGUGUUUUUUGAUUUCCGAAAGUUGAGAAAAGAAACUCUGCGAGUGUAUGUACAUUGUUACGAGCAAUCGAUUCAAGGCGUUUCGCCUAGAACCAAUAAAGCCUAGAUAAUUUCAAUC